AUGGGAAUCUGUAAACUAUCGGAGCUGAUCCGGGAGAGAGCCCGGGAGGCAGUGACCGACAAGAGCAUCCACUCGUAUGAGGGGAGAGUGAUGGCGCUCGAUGCUGCUGUGGUGAUGAAUCAGUUCCGCACGGCCCGUCCUGACAAGCGAUACCUGCGCCAUCUCAGCCAGGUGAUGGGGUUAUUCUAUCGGACGGCCAGCCUCCUGGAGAAAGGGAUCAAGCCGGUGUUUGUGUUCGAUGGACCAGCUCCCCGGAUGAAAUCCCGAGUGCUCAGAAAAAGGCGAGGAUGGACAGACGUCACAAAUAAUUCUGACCCCUCAAAGAAAGUGCAUUGUGGGUCCGUGCCAACUCCAAACAGAGACCAGUCAGGAACUGGGGACACUGACUCUCCGGAACAUUCCACUCCAAAAGACCCAAGGGGGGAUGAGCAGCCGGAGGGAAUAACUCCGACCGGGAACGCAGGUGACUCCAGGCCGGCGUAUAUUGCUCGGAACAGUCGGAGGGAUUGUCAGCGGCUCCUCACCCUGCUGGGGGUGCCCUACAUCGAGGCUCCGAGUGAAGCGGAGGCGACCUGUGCAGUGUUGGUGAAGUCAGGGAAGGUGCACUGUACGGCCACCGAGGAUAUGGACGCUCUGCCCUUCGGCUGUACCCGUCUCGUCCGUAAUGUCAGCGCCAGGAGGGACGCGCGAGUUGAGGAGAUCUCUCUCCCGGAAAUCUUGAAAGCGCUCCGUCUGACUCAGGAGCAGUUUGUUGAUCUGUGUAUCCUGAUGGGCUGCGAUUACUGCGAUAAGAUCAAGGGGAUUGGGAUGAAGAGAGCGUUACCACUAAUUCAAAACCACAAGACCAUCGAGGAGAUUAUCCACAACAUUGACAGUUUGAAAUACCGCCUUCCCGAGGGCUGGCCUUACCAACAGGCCCGGCAGCUGUUCCUGCAGCCCAAGGUCAUCGACCCCGAGGAGGUCACACUCGAGUGGGCCAACCUGGACGAAGAAGGCCUGGUCCAGCUACUGGUGCACGAGAAACAUGCCAAGGAGAAGCGAGUGCGGAAUCGGAUCCAGACUCUCCGGGAAGCGUUACGUGCCGUUGAACGCAGGAGUAAGAUGUUCACCGCUGAGAGGCAGACUCGUGUCGAUGAGUUCUACUCCAAAAUCAAGAACUUCUAUUACAAGAAACAGGGAGCUGAGUCGUAUUUCCGAAUGACCCUGAAGAGGCGGAUUACUGUGAGGAGAAACCUGUCGCGUGUCCCUCUCCGACGUUGUGCCCGGCCCCGAGUCCGCCCGGAUAAAGGGGCACGACCCAGUGCCCCCCUCGACCCUGACCCCCUCCCCCAUGGGCACACUGACCCCCUCCCCCUCCCACAGGGGCACACUGACCCCCUCCCCCAGGGGUACACUGUCCCCCUCCCCCUCCCACAGGGGUACACUGUCCCCCUCCCCCAGGAGCACACUGACCCCCUCCCCCAGGGGCACACUGUCCCCCUCCCCCAGGGGCACACUGACCCCCUCCCCCAGGGGUAUACUGUCCCCCUCUCCCUCCCACAGGGGCACAAUGACCCCCUCCCCCAGGGGCACACUGACACCCUCCCCCAAGGGUACACUGACCCCCUCCCCCUCACCCAGGAGUACACUGACCCCCUCCCUCUCAACCCUGGCCCCCCCCUCCUCCUCCUCCCCCAGGGGUACCCUGACCCCCUCCCCUUUCCCCUCCCCCAGGGGCACACUGACCCCUUCUCUCUCGACCCUGACCCCCUCCCCCUCCCCCAGGGGUAUACUGUCCCCCUCCCCCUCCCCCUCCCCCAGGGGUACACUGACCCCCUCCCCCUUCCCUUGGGGUCCCAGUAUCCCACGGUCACCGACGUCCUGCCUGUGGAGCAAUGGAACAUUCCGGAAGCUCCCCGGGUCGCUUGGUGGUGAUCUCCAUGUGUUUCUGCUCCCACCCCAUUCCCCCCCCCCCACAAACAACCCUCCCCGACUCCUGCACCCACUCCCCAUAACCCCACCCCCUCCUCCUGCUGCCAUUGGACGGGCUUGCCCUCUGUGCCCCAUGGGGAGUGAGCUGAUUGGCCAAGGUCAGCCAUUCCCCCAUUGGGCUGUGGGCGUUGGGUCAGCCAACGGGAGUGAUGCUGCAGGCGCUGCUGUACCUGGUCGAAUAGCCCAGCCUCCCACCCCCCAUCCCCCCCUCCCCUGGUGAGGGACCCCGUGGGUGAGCUGACCCAGACGACAAUGUAAGGCAUCACCUCGGGGUGGUGCCAUGGCGGUGAGACCUCCGUCUGACUGGGAGUCACUCAUCGCAGGAACCGACCAAUGACCAGGCUCCGGCCACAGCUACGAUGCCCACCACAGCUGAGCGGUCAGUCACUAAUCGGGGGGUCAGUAUGAAGAAUGGCCACCAGGAGGCGAAAUGGCGGCGUGGUGUUAUCAGGAAAGUAUUAACCCAGGGAGCCCCGGAACGUAAACCCGGGCCGUCAACAUCUGGAACUGAGGGACUGAUGGUGACCGUGACACCGUGGCUGAUCGUUGGGAACGUCCAUCCAGGUCACGAAUGGACUUCAGGGAAGGAGACUGGCCUACACGUGACUCCAGGCCGACAGCGAUAGGGUCGAUGUUUAAUGACCCCCUGGGUAGUAAAUGCUGGCCCGGCCUGUGGCGCCCUCAUCCUGUGACUGAGUAAAACCACACUGGGCCCAUGACCUGAGGGGGAGGGGGUGGAGGUGGGGGCAGUAGGAUGGGGUGGGGGGCAAGUGGAAGGGGGGAGUCUGUGUUUUGUUCAGUUCUUGGUGACCUCACUGUUCCUCAGAGAUUCCUGUCCUGUAUUUCCUUCACCCCACCCCUCCAUUCCCCCUCCAUCCCCAUCCCCCAUGCUGUCCCUGUCCUGGGAGUUUGAUGGGGGACAGUGUAGAGGGAGCUUUACUCUGUAUCUAACCCUGUGCUGUCCCUGUCCUGGGAGUGUUUGAUGGGGGACAGUGUAGAGGGAGCUUUACUCUGUAUCUAACCCCGUGCUGUCCCUGUCCUGGGAGUGUUUGAUGGGGGACAGUGUAGAGGGAGCUUUACUCUGUAUCUAACCCCGUGCU